AUGGAGAAGUUUCUUUACCACAGGAAACUUUGGGAGAUGAAAGUUAGGCUUUUGGGAGAGAGCAAGGUUGAGAAACUAAAGAACUCAUUGGUCUCGAGGUCUCGUAUGAGCUUAUGGAUGAUUCGUGCUGUUACUGUAUUGUUGCUUUGGAGUUGCUUUGUUCAUUUGAUGGCUUUGGGAGAAAUGUGGGGACCAAGAUUGUUCAAGGGUUGGCCUUCUUGUUUCAAUCAUCAUGAUUCGUCCAUGGCCACAGAAAUGAAGUCUCUUCCCGUGAAAAUCGCCCUUCCACCUAAAAGGGUGUAUCAGAACAAUGGUUAUCUUAUGGUUUCCUGCAAUGGAGGACUCAAUCAAAUGCGAGCAGCGAUAUGUGAUAUGGUAACUGUUGCAAGAUACAUGAAUGUCACACUUAUUGUGCCAGAGCUUGACAAGACCUCGUUUUGGAACGAUCCAAGUGAGUUUAAAGACAUAUUCGAUGUGGAUCACUUCAUAACUUCAUUAAGAGAUGAAGUUCGGAUACUCAAAGAGUUGCCUCCAAGGCUUAAGAAGAGGGUUGAGCUUGGAAUGUACCACGCAAUGCCUCCUAUUAGUUGGUCAAACAUGUCUUACUACCAAAAUCAGAUUCUUCCACUGGUGAAGAAACAUAAGGUUUUACAUCUGAACAAGACAGAUACACGACUUGCUAAUAACGGACUGCCUGUGGAGGUUCAGAAGCUGAGGUGCCGAGUAAAUUUCAACGGGCUUAAGUUUACUCCCCAAAUUGAGGAAUUAGGUAGACAAGUAGUCAAGAUUUUGAGAGAGAAAGGUCCCUUUCUUGUCCUGCAUCUCAGAUACGAAAUGGAUAUGUUAGCAUUUUCCGGUUGCUCCCACGGUUGCAACCCCGAGGAAGAGGAAGAAUUAACAAGAAUGAGAUAUGCUUAUCCAUGGUGGAAAGAGAAAGUUAUAAACUCUGAGCUGAAGAGGAAAGAAGGCCUUUGCCCUUUAACUCCUGAGGAAACCGCUCUUACACUAACUGCGUUGGGUAUUGACCGUAACGUUCAAAUUUACAUUGCUGCUGGAGAAAUCUACGGUGGUCAAAGGCGGAUGAAGGCUUUAACAGACGCUUUUCCAAAUGUGGUCCGAAAAGAAACUCUACUUGAUUCCUCUGAUCUGGAUUUUUGCCGGAAUCAUUCAUCUCAAAUGGCUGCACUUGAUUACCUAGUGGCCCUUGAGAGUGAUAUAUUUGUUCCAACCAAUGAUGGGAACAUGGCUAGAGUCGUUGAAGGUCAUCGCAGAUUCUUGGGGUUCAAGAAGACAAUUCAGCUGAACAGGAGGUUCCUAGUUAAGCUGAUUGAUGAAUAUACUGAAGGAUUGUUGACUUGGGACGUGUUCUCAUCCACGGUGAAGGCAUUUCACUCUACUCGAAUGGGAAGCCCCAAGAGGCGGUUAGUGAUUCCCAACAGACCGAAGGAAGAAGACUAUUUCUACGCCAACCCGCAAGAAUGUCUGCAGCUGUUAGAUGAACCAUUGAGAGUCAUUUGA